AUGCUUUUGCGUAAUCUAUAUGACAUAAAUGCACAUCCUUUUGCAUUUGUAUUGUUCUCUCUCCCCUCUCCCCCUUUCUCUUUCUUUCUUUCUUUCUUUCUUUCUUUCUUUCUUUCUUUCUUUCUUUCUUUCUUUCUUUCUGAUAUCAUUUUAAUCAUGAAUAUUCCAUUUCAUGUCCCAGUGAACUUUCCGCAAUGCUCUCUUCUCUUUUCUUUACGCCUUUCUACAUUUUUUCCUUUACUCAUUCUUCUGUGGUCUUUGCUACUUACCAUACUAUCUCUUUUAAUAAUCUCUCUAUCCUUCUCUUCUGUUCAGGUCUUUCUUAAUCUCCCCGCUUUCCCCACAUUUUUCUUUUCUUCUUUUUCUUUUCUAUCUCUUCUUUUUUCCACUUGUCACGCAAAGUCUUCUAAUCCCCUCUUUGCGUCUAUUUUCUUUUUCUUUUUAUCUUUUGUUCCCCCCCCCCACUACCACUACACACACAAAUCAAAUUCUAUUUUUUGA